CACUUGGACAAAAGAAAAUGCAGGCAACCGAUAAGAAGGCGGUGCUUCUGUUGGGAUUGAUGGUCGUGAUUGCUAGUCGCACCGAUGCGCAAACCCUGUGCAACGCGCCCAUUUCUGGCUUGGAGGGUUGCAGGCCAGCUGUGACCCUCCCGAACCCGCCGCCCCCGACGGCCGUGUGCUGCGAUGCACUCAAGCACGCCGACUUGAAGUGUCUCUGCCAGUACAAGAACUCGCCACUCUUGCCCGAGCUCAAGAUCGACCAGAAGCUGGCGCUGGAGCUCCCCGAGAAGUGCAAGCUCCCUCAUCCGGCCCCCUGCUGAUCACAUUGUAUUAUGUGGGUGCGCGUGGUUGGGGAGAAAGUACUGGCCCAAUAAUUUGACAAUAAUGCAUAUCUUACAGUAUGCUUUUCGAUUAU